AUGAGCAACCAAGGCGUGAUUUAUGCGGAACUCCAUCAUGCUAAGGGCUCAAAAAGACAGCAAGUGCAACCUAAGGGCACGAAAAGUUCCAUUUCAGUAACUGAGGAGGAGAUAGCCUAUGCAGAAUUACAUCUUCAAAAUGCUUCUCGGGACUGUCAAGGGAAUGGCAAGAACUCUCCCUGCAAAGAGAAGCUCAUUGCCGGUAUCUUGGGAAUCCUCUGCCUCGUCUUGAUGUCCACUGUGGUAACAAUAGCUGUUAUUCCCUCUACUGAAGGACCAGCACAGAACAAAACGUCCCUGGAAACAAGGAUCCAGAAAGCGUGUCUCUGUUGUCAUUGUCUGAAAGAGUGGUUUACGUAUUCCAACAAUUGCUAUUACAUUAGCACUGAGGGAAAAUCAUGGAACGAGAGUUUGAUGUCCUGUGCUUCUAACAACUCCAACCUGCUCUACUAUGAUGAUGAAGAGGACAAGUUUUUGUUGAAUUUACUCUCUGCUACUACAUGGAUUAGAGGCUCCCAGAGAAGAAAUCAUAGUUCAUCUGUGCAGCCAAAGGCCAUAACAUUUUCUUCUAACAUAUGGGAUUUAGAUGUCAUCGAGGAUGAUGUGGGUGCACACAGCUUCAUGACAGACAUGCUCACUGGAUUGGCCUGGGCAGGGCAGCUCCACACUCCAUGGGCUGAACUUGGUGAGGAAGGAUCUCAGGCUGUGACUGGCACACAGGAACAACUCCCUGUCAGAGCAUCAGGAGGAAAGACCAGAAGACACGAAACUGACAGAUUGCCUACAAGAGCUUGCCGGAGGAUGAAUACAUGUGACUUCCUGCAAGACUGCAACUGGCAACCAAGCCAUGGCGGCCAAAGGAGAGAAAACACCAUGAAGCCAGCAAGAAGAGCCCUUUCUGCUGCACUGGCUCUCCAUUGUCUUUUACUGACAAAAGUCAACUUCAUGUGA